AUGCCCCAGUCAGCCCCAGCUCUCAGUUCCCUUCUCCUGUCCCCUGUCCCCUCCCCCAAUCCCCGAUCCCCAUUUGUUGUCCCCAUCCCCGAUUUCCAUCCACCAUCCCCAAUUUACAUCCUCGUUCUCCCUCCCCUUUUCCCCCCACCCACCACCCCCCCUUUCACCGCUCACCUUUCCCCCGCUCCCUGUGUUCCCGUUUCUUCCCUCCCCCCCAAUACCCUACCCCUUCUUGUCCCCACCCACCCACCCGCAUGUCCUUUGCCCCGGGAAUCCCCCUCUUCCCUUCCCCUCUACGAUCCCCGCUCCCCCUUCCCCCUCCCCUUCCCCCUCCCCCCCCCCCACCUCCUCCCCCUCCCACUUCCUCUCCCGGCCGUCACGCGGCCAAACGCCCUUGCUCCUCGCUCCGGCAAGCUCUGCUGCUGCCCCUCCCUUCCUUCCGCCGUGCUCCUUGUGACGGGCCCCUCGGCGCCCACGCCUUUCGCUCCUCCCCACACCCCACGCCCCACACCCCAACCCACGCCCCGCCCCGUGGCCUGCCCCGCCCUCCUGCCCGCCCCAUGCCCCCGCCCCGCUUCCCCCUCCCCGCCCCAUGCCCCCGCCCCGCUUUCCCCCGUGUCUCCCCGGAUCCGCGCCGUUGCUUGCACCCACACAGGAGUUCAGUGGCUCGCAGAAUACUGCUUGUCGCUCCCCCCUUCCCCCCUUCCCUCCCGCUUCCCAGCCCUCAUUGGGCAAGCAGGGGGCAUCGGAGCCCCACCAGCACCUUCACACAGUCCCCUGUCUCGUCCCCCUGUUCGCUUUCCCCUUAUCGCUCCCCUCCCCUCUCCUCUCCCUAUUGGUGUUCCAUCUACUGUGGUAUUUCGUCUGCUGGUGCAUGAGAGCCGGGCCGGCGGGGUGAUCGGGAAGCAAGGCAGCAAGAUCAAGCAGAUGCGGGAGAGCACGGGGGCGAGGAUUCGAAUGUGCUCCGUGCCUCCUACCAUUCCAUCAGAGGAGCGCCUGCUCGUCAUCUCCUCGCCCUCCUCCUCCUCGUCUGACCCCUCACCAGCAGAGGCGGCUCUCUUCGCCAUGUUCCCUGCUGCACUGCUGCCCCAGGACUGUCCUCACCCCAACCAGAACCGCCAGCAGCAGCAGCAGCAGAGGGCAGACGAGUCGAGCCGGUCGGUCUUAAACCUGUUGGUGCCAGCAUCACAAUCGGGUGCUCUGAUCGGAAAAGGGGGCCGGGUGAUUAAAGACAUCCGCGAGUCCAGUGGGGCGUUUGUGCGCAUCACUGAGGGGCCUCCGUCUCCGUUCGCCCUUCCAGCAGAUCGGCUUGUGCAGAUCACUGCAACAGCCCCCAAGCUGGAGGCAGCACUCAAGGCGAUUGCGAAUGUACUCAAGGCCAACCCACCACAGGAGCCACUAGAGGAGAUGGAAACAGCAGGGUCCGUGGCAGCAGCACGCUCCACCAUCACCCCCUGUGCUGCCGCAGUUCGUGCCAUAUCCGCCUCAAAAUCCAUCCGUUCGGGGAUUGCAGGUUUGGGAUCUGGUUUGGCAGGAGGUUAUGGCUCGCUAGGAGGUCCGGUGGGAGGCUUGGGAAUUCCCCCUGCGUAUGGUUCGGCAGGAGGUCCGGGGUUGUAUGAUGCUGGGCUGAGGAUGGGAGGGAGCGGGUUAGGCUCGGGAGCGCUAGGUUCGGGAUACAUGGGUGCAGGCUUGGGGGGGGGUUUGGGGAUGGAUCUGGGCAGUAGCUAUGGGGGAGGAGGUUUGGGGGGAGGGGGAGGGGGAGGGGCAGCAGCAGCAACAGGAGGAUACCUGAGUUGGGGCCUGGGGAUGGGGUACCAGGGUGGUGUGGGAGGGGGAGGCAUUGGGGGGAUUGGAGGGGGGUUAGGUGCGGUACUGGCCAGUUAUCAAGGAGCAGGAGGAGCAGGAGGGGGAGCAGGGGGAGGGGGGAUAGGGGGAAUGGGGAGUGGCGCUGCUGCUGGUGCCUCUCUGACUGGUUUCUCUUCAUCCCCAAUGGGCCAUGCUACCUAUUCUUCUGCUUCCGGUGCUGCUGGUUACGUUGAUGCGUCUGGUUACCACCCUCCGUCUGGUUACCCUACUUCGUCUGGUUACCAGCCUUCGCCUGGUGCUGGUUUUGACGAUCCUUCUAAGCGCAGGAAGGUGCAGGAUCGUCCCUUUGUCAAAACAGAGGCAUCCGAGCCUGAUGGUCACGGCCAGGGCCAGGGGCAGGCUCGGAUUGAGCUUCAGUUGCCGGGGCAAGCGAUAGGGUCGGUGCUGGGGAAGGGUGGGAACACGAUCAAGAACAUUCGGCAGAUGUCUGGUGCUAACAUCAAGAUCCAGCCAUCGGCAGAAGGCACCACGGUCAGGAUCGUCGAGAUUUCCGGCACCCCAACGCAGGUGUCGAGUGCAGAGGCCCUGAUCAAGGCAUGUGCAGCUGCACGAUGA